GAAGGGAACUACAAAUAAGCAGUUGGGCUUGAUCUGUAGCCUGACGACACUCUCUUCCCUUACUUCUCUCCUAUCUUUGAGGAUGGAUUCUUGUGAUGAUCUGGUCUACUGGCCGGAGGCAGAGUUCCGUGGCUUGAACUCACUGAAGAACUUAAGUCUCCAUCGCUGCAAGAAGUUGGUUGGCCCGUCACCUUUGCCAUUAUCCUCGUCAUCAUCAGGGGAUGGAGAGCUCCUACCAAACUUGGAAGAGCUGGCUGUUAUCGAUUGUGAUGGUCUGCUGGAAUUGCCCAAGUUGCCUGCUUCCCUCAGAUCACUGACUGUCGGAAACUGCCCCAAAUUGAAUUCCUUGACAGAAGGCCUACCACUCCUACCAAACCUGGAAGAGCUGGAUAUUGAAGAUUGUGAUGGUCUGCUGGAAUUGCCCAAGUUGCCUGCUUCCCUCAGAUCACUGGAUAUUGAAGAUUGUGAUGGUCUGCUGGAAUUGCCCAAGUUGCCUGCUUCCCUCAGAUCACUGGAUGUAGACUCCUGCCCUAAAUUGAAUUCCUUGUCGGAAUGCCUGCGACAUGCCACUGCUCUUGAGCAUAUCUAUAUUUGGGGUUGCCCAAGCCUGACUUCUUUGCCAGUAGAUCUGGGGCACCUAACAGCACUCAAGGUGAUGUCUAUCACCAAGCUUCCUGGCUUGAAAUCUUUGCCACAAGGGCUAGGACAACUCGCUGCACUCAAGUCUCUGUGCAUCGGCAGUUGCAGCAAAUUGUCAUCUCUGCCUGAAGGUAUGCAGGGCCUUACUGCCCUUAAGAAGCUGUCUAUUAAAUAUUGCCCUCGGCUGUCAUCGCUCCCAGAAGGUCUACAACGACGACUCCCUGGACUUGAGAAUCUGGCCAUCGAAGGCUGCCCCGACCUGGAGAGACAGUGCAAGAGAAGAGGACCAUAUUGGGACCUCAUGUCACGCAUCCCCAAUACCAAAAUAUCAUCUGAGAGGAGGAGCAACUUCAGCACAUCCCUUCCUUCCUUUUCUUGCUUUAGAAGACCAUCUACAGUUUAAUGUCAUCUCAGUCCUUUUGAGAUAAGCAGCAAAUUUAGCUUCAGGAUGAAUUAAGAGAGUUCACGGUACAAGCAGCUUUCUUGUCGAUCAUUUCAACAUUGAACUUCUUGCUAUUCUAAAUCUACUAACAGAAGAAACGACAUACUGUGCCUUGGAUAAACUUUUCAAAGAUUUCCGGACAUUCAAUGAUCAAGUGGCUUCGUAUGAAUCUUCCUGAUAGAUUUGCUUUUGCUGUUGUUACGCAUUUAAAGGGACACUAGGAAGAGAUAAGCUUAACUCCCUUUCAGUAGAUGUUAUUUGGCAUGUAAUGUGUUGUUGAUUGUUUUCUCUGAACCAUAUUUUAUUUCAUGUCCUUCGAAAUAUAAAUAUUGUAUUUGAAGACUUUGGACAGUACUUCUGCUUUAUGUGCCAAAAAUAAUUGAAAGAUGGAGAUGUUCAUUAAUUAUUUGAACA